UACACGUCAUCAUGGCUCGAUGACAGUAUAUAUAAUGCAAACAAAAUCGGCAUUAUUUUAGUUGCUCACGAACAAAGAUGUUGCUGCUUUGUCUUCUGUUCCAUCUUUAUUUCCUGUUGGUGUCGGGUGGUGAUCCCGUACCAGACGAUUGUUUGGCCUGCAUCUGUAAAGUUGAAUCUGGUUGUAAGAUGCCAAACCCGGUCUGUCGAGAUGAUGUAGGCUCUUUAUCCUGUGGUCCUUAUCAAAUCAAGGAAGCAUACUGGAUCGAUGCUCAAGAGCAAAAAAAAAAAGAUGAUGGUGGACGCCUCGGAAGAUCAUGGAAGGCGUGUACAGCUGACUGGAGUUGCAGCGAGGAAGCCGUACAGUUCUAUAUGAAACGCUACGCCACCAAAAAACGACUUGGUGAGACGCCAACAUGUGAGCACUUUGCACGGAUUCAUAAUGGUGGUCCGAAUGGUCACACUAGCUCCAGCACCAAACCCUAUUGGAAAAAAGUGAAAAACUGCUUAAAUUAGAGCAGUGUUAAUAUUGAACCUUGCUUGGAAUAAGAAUGGUUUAACAGUUUGAAAUCUAAUAAAAAGUAGACAUAAAAAAUGUAGAUUAUUCAAACGGUU